CGACAACCGAAACUUAAGGAAAACUGCGGAGGCGCAGCGGCCACACGCAGCCACAUGUCGUCGGCCACUCUCUCUCCUCCUCCCACCACCGCCUUCUUUUCCUCUUCUUUCCUUCUUCCUCAUUCCAUCCAAAUCCCCUUCAACCCCACACGACGGCGACGCUUUCUUCUCCGCGACUCCUCCAAGCGCUCCCGCGCCCUAGCUUCGCUCCCCGACGAUUCCGAGGGAGCCAGGCCGGAGUACACGCCGUGGCUCAUCGCCGGCCUCGGAAACCCUGGCAACAAGUACCAGGGCACUCGGCACAACGUCGGGUAUGAGAUGAUUGAUCAUAUCUCUCGAGCUGAGAGGAUUACGUUGAAUGCAAUCCAAUCCAAGGCGUUGAUAGGAAUUGGUUCCAUUGGAGAAGUGCCAAUUCUAUUGGUGAAGCCCCAAUCAUACAUGAACUACAGCGGAGAAUCAGUGGGGCCACUUGCUGCAUACUAUCAAGUGCCGUUGCGACAUAUUCUACUCAUCUAUGAUGAAAUGAGCUUGCCAAAUGGUGUUUUGAGGCUUCAACGAAAGGGUGGUCAUGGACAUCAUAAUGGAGUGAAGAGCGUAAUACAGCAUUUGGAUGGCUCCCGUGACUUUCCUCGGCUAUGCAUAGGAAUUGGUAACCCACCUGGAGCUAUGGAUAUGAGAGCUUUUCUACUACAGAAAUUUAGUAAAGAGGAGCAAGUCCAGAUGGAAUCUGCUUUGGAACAAGGGGUGGAAGCUGUAAGGACUCUUGUACUUAGAGGUUUCAGUGGAAGCAUUGAUCGUUUUAACUUGGUGCAGAAAUACAAGUACCACAAAGUUUGAGAUUGUAAGUCAGAAAGAAAUUUUGAAAUGUUCUCAACGUAAGACAUUGCAGAAUGUGUUCAACGUGAUGCACAGGCUGAGAUUAAAUGCCUGCAAUUUAUUGUGACUAACUUCAUUUUACUAUUAUCAUCUAAGUGUAUGUUGACUGA